GCUAGCAGACGACCUAAACAAUAUCUCAGCAUACAACUCUGAGAGCUCCUUUGUGGUUUUCAAUUUUUUACUGGCCCAAAAUUCUGUGUUCAUAAUUCAUAUAGCUAAAAGUUUUUUCAUUCUACUGCAGAAAAUGGCAGAUGAUAUUGAUAUGGAGAAAUCAGUGGAAAAAACCACAGUUGGUAAUGACUGUGUAGUCAAAACUGAAAAGAUGUUCUCAUUGAAACGAUGGAAUGCAGUCGCUAUGUGGAGCUGGGACGUUGAGUGUGAAAUUUGUGCCAUUUGCAGAGUUCAAGUUAUGGAUGCAUGCCUACGUUGCCAGGCCGAAAAUAGAAACGACAAGGAACAGGAGGAGUGUGUAGUCAUCUGGGGUGAAUGCAACCAUUCAUUUCACAACUGCUGCAUGAAAUUAUGGGUCAAGCAAAAUAAUCGUUGUCCUCUCUGUCAACAAGAGUGGUCCGUCCAGCGAAUUGGCAAAUGAAGAUCUUGAUUUUCUUGAUUAUAAAAUCACAAUUCCAAUCUUUUUUUUUGUUACUAAUUGCUACUCAUUAAUACACGCAGUGUCGUCAA